AUGUCUUCAGACGAGGAGCAGGAAGCUACCAUCGAACCAGAGAGCACUCAGAACGAAGACCAGAUACUGGAGGAACUGGAGAUCAGCAGGGGGAUCCUCACCAUCAUCCACAAGUUGGAAAGACUACAGAGAAGGCAAAGAAGCGAACAAUUCUUCAGAACAAUGAGACAGAAGCAAGAGAGCAAGCUAGCACCCAAGCAAGGGCUGAAGAAGCAAGAGAACAAGCAAGAGAGCAAGCCAUCACCCGAGCAAGGGUUGAAGAAGCAGGAGAGGAAACUAUCACUCGAGCAAGGGCUGAAGAAGCAAGAGAGCAAGCCAUCACCCGAGCAAGGGCUGAAGAAGUAA